AUGAAGCAAUCUGCGGGGUCGGCCGCAUUUGAUGGCUCUCGGGAGCGUGCCGAGGCGUCAGUAUCGUCGUUGCUCUCUUCAUUUUACGACGUCGAUCAACAGGAUGAGGCCACUGAUGGAAGUAAAGCCUUUUCACCAAACGACCAAAGUCAAGAUUCAUGGGAUGAGGCGUUAAUGAGCGGCGCCAUAUUCGGAAAUGAGGAUUUUGACGUUGAUCAGUGUCUUACGACCGCGCUCAAAAAAUAUUCAAUGGUGGAGCUAAUUGCUCUCCUUAGGAGAUUGGAACGUGAGGUUAGGCAGUUCACAGCAGGGAAACAGAUUCUCAUAUACGACAACUACGAAUGCCUCUUUUCAUCCCUAGACACGGUGCACGAAAUAAACGCUGAUCUAACCGUUCUCCAAAAGCAACUUUAUACGCUGAAAUCAUCGCAGAUAAAGGCGUCGUCGGUUGAUAUAUCUUCCAGAUAUGGGUUCCGUGAGAAAUUACGUGGUAUCACAGAGUUGAAUCGUGUACUCAACAUUUUCCAGGCACUAGCCUGCAUCGCAACAUGUCUUCACAACGCUACUAAGGAGCCAACAACCGGAGAUGAAAGCAAGGAACAUUUUUUUAAGUUGCUUGAGCUUUUAGGAAGGGUUUAUGUAAUAUUGAAUGUGGUAAGAGAGCGAUCUGGUCCCAAGACAGCGAACAUAAAACUCUUCCAGACAUUCAACCAAAAGAUAAGAAUUCUCAUUCCAAACGUAGUCACCGGUAUAGUUAGACACGUUAAAAGUGAAUUCAUGUCGCAGAAUGUCCUUGUGGACAUCUGCUGCAACUUGGCUGUGACACGCAUUACCGCUAAACAGCUCUGGGAAAUUUACUGGGUCAACAAAUCUUUGGGGUUGAAAAGUCGGCUGCAAGAGUUGACAAACGAGGUAAGUGAUUCCUCAGUGACGUUGCACAGCUUGUCUAACCAUGUGAUUAACUUCCUCAUGUAUGUGUUGGAAGCAGUUUACUCGGAUGGUUACUUCAAACUUGCCAGAUUCAUUGAAUCGAAUGCGGACGGGAUGCCAGAUGGAGAUGAAGCGAUUGCCAAGGAACGUGAUAUGGCGUGUAUUUUCUGCUGUGAAGACGAUUGUGACAUUAUAUUUGAGUACCACGGAAACGGUGCUGAUGGCAGUGUCGAAGAGGAGCAUGCUGGCAACAAUACGGCCGAAACUCCCGUGUAUAAAUACUAUUGGCUUGCUAACCACCGCCCAAAGCAAUGCGUGUGCAUUAAAGAGAAUAUUGUGGAACAGUUUGUUGUAUGUUAUGUUCAGUUGGCCUUUGCCACUCUGCAGCCCCGUCUCAUGGAUCGGUCCAAACACGUUACGUGGAACGAAAUUAUUUUUGUUCUGACAUGUAUUUUAGAUAAGAUUAAAUCUGUUCCAAAAGGUGAAACCAUGGCGAAACUGCUUGCAGACAUCAGUUUUGGUUGGAUUCUACUUACGGUCCUACUAUACUUGCAGAAACAAUUUUACCCGGUGUACGAUGCCGUCGCAUCCGCCAUCGUAUCAGCGUCGGAGGGCAGAAAUGAUGAUAGUCCUUUUGAGGAUGUUUAUAUUAAGGUGGAGCGCAUAUUAAAAGAUGACGUUGCUGAUGUAAUGCGUUUCGUUGACGAUUUGGGGGAUGCCAUGCACCUUUCUUUGCGACCCUUGUUUACGUCAUUUCUUGCUUUCUACAUCGGUUCCUUGAAAAGUGUCUUUAAUGCGCAAUUUAAUGUGUUGGUACAUGCAUCUGAGGCCAGGCAAGAGGAUGAAUACAGUCUGGGAUCGCUGGCUUGGUUGCUAUCGUUGCGCGGAAACAAGGAAUCGAACCGCCGCGAGUUGAUGGGGGAGCGUAUCAAAGAAUCCAGGGCCAAUUAUCGCCAUGCGGAAGCUAAUAAAUCCAUAUUAGGAAUCGCAUUCGAUGAGGAAUCGGUUGAAUCUGAACUGCUCCUCCUUAGGUUAGGACUCUCAGUUGAACACUACUUGGAAUGGAAAAUGCGGAUGCAUGCUAAAGACCUUCCACCUGUGGGAAAUAAUAUGAGAGCAACGUUGACACAUCUUGUGGCCUUGAUGGCGCCUUUUAACGGUGUAUUUAAUCGCAUUAAAACUCUUACAGGACAGCACUGCAGCGGCGCAUCUUCCAUGCUCACAAGCGGUGCCCUGGAAAUGAUGCUACCGAAUGUCCCUAUCUCACCCGUCAAUGUGUUCGAUAAAGAAAUUAACACCUGCACUUAUCUAACGGGGUUGAUGGAUUUCGCAAUCGGGCAAAACUAUUUAGAAGGUCUCUUGCGCAACCACCACAUACAUCUUACCGCCAUGGUGCACGCUGCUCAUCGCUUUGCGAAGGAACACUCAACUUUUGGUUUGGUUCCCAUAAUCAAGGUGGCUUCGUGUGAUGUGAAGCGUAGCAACCGCUACGCCUUAAUGGAGGGAUCUGUGCUCUUAGAUAUGCAUCAUAUUACACUACGGGUGCUGUCGCAUGUGAUGAUCACUUGCAUGAGGAGGGCGAACACUCUGAUCAGGCACGCAAUGGAGAGCUUAGAAUACGGGGAUGUGGCGGCGGAAUCUGCUGUUAGGGAUCUCACGGGAGUGCUUUAUGAUGUGAUAGAGUUUCUUAAUGCCACUGCCGAUCCUACUCUCAGCGGGGAAAUUACUUACAUUCAAGUGGCCGAACUGAACAGGAAACUAAAGUAUAUGUCGUCUAAAAGCGACGUAGAUGCAUACAAUGUCAUUCAGGAACUCUCGUUUGUACCAUCUAAGGACAUGUGCCUAAAACUGUUCACAAUCCAUGUUGCGCAAAGCAUUGCUCGAAAUUCGAGGCUUCACGUAAUAAGCAAAGAAACUCUUCGUGGGCUCACGUCGCGCAUAGAAAAACAGUUGGUAAUGGCUUUCAAGAAGAGUUCCGAUGCUGAACAAAUGAAGCGAGUUUUCACGCAACUAGCAAGUACGGACACGGCGUGA